GAUGGUGCACGAAGCUGGGCAGCCGCCAAGCCGCCCUCGGAGCGGGGCCGGGAGGCCCGCCACCUGCCGUAGCUGCGCUUGCCGCCGCGGAGAAGUAGCCUCGGGCAGCGCCCCGCGUUUGAUCAAGGCUCCUUGAACUGAAGUUUGGAGAAUCACAUGAAUAUCUCAUGCUUACAGUGAAAUCAUGGCCACUAAUGAUAAAGUAGCCAUCUUAACUGACGAUGAAGAAGAGCAGAAGAGAAAAUAUGUGCUUGCCGAUCCCUUCAGUGGGAUUCCCAAGGAGCAAGACCCCCAAACCCAAAGUGAUACUCCUUCAACUGAAACCACCACUAUUCCAGACGAAGAGCUUGAUUGGCUUGAAAGACACUGUGUGAAAGUGAAUAAUGAUCUCUUGAUCUCAAAAGUCUUUUAUUUUUUCUUUUAUGCUGCUUAUGGUUCCUUGUACCCAUUGCUCCCCGUAUACUACAAACAGCUAGGCAUGACUCCCAGCCAGAGCGGACUCCUAGUAGGGAUUAGAUACUUCAUUGAAUUUUGCAGUGCUCCAUUUUGGGGAGUGGUAGCAGAUCGCUUUAAAAAGGGGAAAGUUGUUCUUCUCUUCUCCCUAUUAUGCUGGGUGAUGUUUAACUUGGGAAUUGGAUUUGUUAAACCAGCAACCUUGAGGUGUACGCUAAAGAAGCCUAUCCCCGUUCCCCCUACCAAUGCCAGUCACUUUACCACAGCAUCCCCGCAAAAUAUCUCCAUUUCUUCUGUCAUUCCCACUCUGGGAAGUACGAUAACUAAGGGUCGAGGGAAGAGAGAUUUGCUGACUUACCACUUGCCAACUCUGAGCUCAGCUUUGUCCACCAAUUCUAAAACUACCUUUUCUCCAACUGUUCAAAAUGGAGCUAGGAAGCGUGCUUUAAAAGGAGAAGAGGGCGCAACUGUUGUCAGCACUCCAAAAGGUAUUGUGACUGCGGGUCUGUUGGGAAAUACCAGCCACACAACGGCAUCACCCACAGUCACCACAAAAUCAGCCCCCCCUGCCCAUUUUGCUCUUGUAUAUGAUCAUGAGGAGGUGGAAGCGAUCUUCUUGCUCAUCCUCCUUGUUGUGAUUGUGGGAGAAUUUUUCAGUGCCUCCUCAGUCACUAUAGUAGACACCGUGACUCUGCAGUAUCUUGGCAAACAUCGGGACCGUUAUGGACUACAACGAAUGUGGGGAUCUCUGGGCUGGGGACUGGCCAUGCUAUCGGUGGGCAUUGGCAUUGACUCUACCCGUAUUGAUGUGCUCAUUGAAGGCCAAGGCUGUAAGUCUCCAGACUACAAGAACUACAGGAUCGUUUUCAUAGUCUUUGGAGUCUUGAUGACGCUCUCUUUGAUUGUGGCCACCCAGUUCAGGUUCCGGUACAACCACUACAAGCAAGAGGAAACCCAAAGCACAGAGCCAGAGGAGUCCCACUUGGACAGAAACUCCUCCACAGAUUCCUCCCAUGACACUCAGAGUGAUACAAGCCAGUCCCAGACUUUUAAUUUUUGGGACUUGAUUAAGCUGCUCUGUAGUAUCCAGUAUGGGUCAGUGCUUUUUGUGGCAUGGUUUAUGGGUUUUGGAUAUGGCUUUGUGUUCACCUUCCUUUAUUGGCACCUGGAAGAUCUGAAUGGGACUACCACGCUCUUUGGAGUUUGCUCUGUUUUAAGUCACAUCUCUGAAUUGACGGCAUAUUUCUUCAGCCACAAGCUGAUUGAGCUGAUCGGUCAUAUCAGAGUCCUGUAUAUCGGUCUUGCCUGCAAUACAGCUCGUUAUAUUUACAUCUCCUAUCUAGAAAAUGCUUGGACUGUUCUGCCUAUGGAAGUCCUUCAAGGUGUAACCCAUGCAGCCAUCUGGGCAGCUUGCAUUUCCUAUCUAAGCGCUGCGGUGCCUCCGGAACUGAGGACGUCAGCUCAAGGGAUCUUGCAGGGUCUUCACCUUGGCCUGGGCAGAGGAUGUGGAGCAAUGAUUGGUGGAGUGUUGGUCAACUAUUUUGGAGCAGCCUCAACCUUCAGAGGGAUAGGAAUGGCUUUUCUUGUCAUCCUCUUGCUUUUUGCUUUGAUUCAAUGGAUUGCAGUUCAGGAUGAGAAAGAAGAAAAGACCAUGCUGGCCGAAAGGAUCCCAGUGCCUUCAAGUCCGGUGCCCAUUGCCACAAUUGAUGUGGUACAACAGACUGAAGAUAUCCUGCCUCGCCCGUUGCCCAAGCUUCCUGCCAAAAAGACCAAGCACCAAGAAGAGCAGGAAGAUGUACACAAGCCUGCUUGGGGUGUCAGUUCUUCACCCUGGGUUACUUUAGCCUAUGCUCUUUAUCAGAUAAAAGAGAUGGUUCAGCUCUCCAAAACCAACCAGGCACUUGAAAACCAGCCUUUGCAGAAUGCCAGCAGUAAUCAUGAUUCCAUACCAGAUAGUCCUCUGGAUCAAAGACCUGAUGGUUCAGGGGUAGAACCUUCAGUAACUACAGCUACUCUUGAAAACCACCCAAGUUUGGACUGCCCAGUUUCUUCGGAAAUCGAGGCUCAGUCUCCUGAGAGGAGGCAUGAAUAGAACUGUUCUUCAAUCCAGCUCACGGCACUGAAUUCUGCUGUUGGCAAUCAGAAGACAGAUGUGGGAGUUUGAGACCUCACUUCUCUUCCUCUUGGCAAUAGUAACCUGACACAGCCAAAGCUUUUAAAAUAUUUAAUGCCUUUUCUGUGACAAAACCUGAGGCCUGUUGCAGGAACGAUUUGGAAGGCUAAGCAAAAGCGCCCGGGUUAAUAACUAGCAAAGGAGCACGCUAUUUCAUCUGAAGUUGUUUCCCCAUUCCCCGCACCUGAAUGGAAGUGUUGUAAACAAACACAUUAUGAUUGUCUUCAUAAUUUUCUGGAUUGUAAUUAAUUUUCACAGACAAACCACCACCACCACCUCGCCAUUCAGUUCCAUUUCCUCUUGCUUAAUGCACUUGAACAUUUUAAUUCAAUAUUAGGGAAAGGGAAGACAAGAGCUCAUAGCAGUUUUUCUUAAGACAGUGAUUAUUUAUUAUGAGGUGCAGGCUUCCCUGGAGCAGUUCUGUAACCUACCGAAACUUAAGAGAAAAUACCAUAGUUAAAUACGGAAAUGAAGGAAGGAGCCACAUAGAAUUCUGUCUUUUGCAAAGACUUCUCAGAGGUGCUGAAGAACUUUUGGCUGGUAAAGUUCUACAUGAAACAUCUGCUGAAGCCUUCCUAACCAGACAAGCGGCAUUUUUAUGUUGCCAUGGCCAGGCCAGAGCGCAUUAGCAUUUUAGAAAGAACCAGUACAAGAAAAUGUGAUUGUCCAUAACCCUGCAAGAGCAGGAUAUGGGAUGAGAUGUGCGGUGGUGGUGUUUGAAGACCUGAACUGUGAUGGUACAGUUGGAAGAUACUAAUGAUUUUAUAUGGGAUGAAUUUGCUCUAAUCACCGAAGAGGGAUUGUCCUACAGAAGCAGUUUAUGUGGAUUUUUUUUUUUGGCCUCUCUGGUAUAUGUGAUAGGGAAACAUGACUCCUUCACCUCAGACAGAUCUGAGAAGUUCAUAUUUAUCUAUCACAAUAACAACAAAGGGUCAUGUAUGUCUAGCUUUAUUAGAUUUUUGGGAGUGUUGAUGCUGAUAUCACUUCCCUAACUGAGGCCUGCAGUCUGUUCUAAAAGCCGGUAAUGAGAGGAUGUUCAGCAGCAGGCAUAUACCGGUACAUCAGCUGCUUCUUGAAAAGUUUUCUUAGCCAGGCCAAUAUAGUUUAUUUUAUGAUAGAAUAUGUUUAUUUAAGGGGAAAGGGAAUAAAAUUUAUAGAGUGUAUUUAAAGUGCCUGUGGAUUGGGAAGGGGUACAAAUCCUAAUUAUUGUAUAGGAAAGGAAGACAUAGUUA